AUGCAGCGACGCAUGCUCACGAAAGAGGAUGAGGCGUCCACUGGCGGCGAGGAGAUCGAGGUCAGGCGGGAGGAUCAAGACAAGAUCAACCGCUUUAGCAGACUGCACCAGCGGGAGAUGUUGCUUGAGGAGGAGUUGAAGACGAAGCAGAAGGACAAGGAAGACCUCGAAGAAGUCUCUAACGAGCUCGAACUGGCCGACGAAGAUGACAAAGUCCCAUACCGGAUAGGUGAUUCGUUCGUCUCCCUUCCGCUGCCGGAGGUGCAGGAACUACUCUCCGCUUCCACGGAGAGGAUCGAGCACGACGUCUCGGCCGUCGAAGAGAAGCUCGGCGGCAUCAGGGAAGAGAUGCAGGAACUCAAGGUGGCUCUAUAUGCAAGAUUUGGGCGCAGUAUCAAUCUGGAAACUUAA